AUGACGCCUCUGCGCGGCGUCAACGGCGUGGCGCGGACGCGAGGCGAGGGCAUCAAUCUUAAGAACACAUAUACGGUUGAGCGCACGAUAAUGAAGAUGAAGCAUGAAUCACAGUACGAGUUAAUUGACGUUGUUCCCGGGCGAAAAGUGGUUUACAGUGCUCAGAGUCCGGUCCACACUGCAGUCCAUCAGCUGUACUUUAUGGAAGACCCCACGGACCGCAACUACACGAACGUGCGGUACAUAAAGAAGAUUCAGUUACGAAGCAUUGCGGGUCCCCUGCAGCCGCUGGUGUCGGGCGCUCUGAGCAAAAUUCCCGAGCAGGGGCUCUCCAACCUAGCCAAGCUCCUCAUCAGCCCGGAUACACCCCUUAGCAAAAUUCAGUUGGACCCUGACGAGGAGGAGGAGGAGGUCCGCGCGACCAAACCAGCUGCUGGCUGGUCCUGGCAAUCCGUGUGGGACG